AUGCCCAAGCUCGCGGCGGGCGACGGCUGCGGUCCGAACAGAAUAUAUGAGUGGAAGGGCCUGAACACGCGCUACUACGCGCUCAACGAGGACGGCGACGGCCCGUCGGUGAUCCUCGUCCACGGCCUCUUCGUCAACGCGGACCACUGGCGCCGCAACGCGCCGGCCCUCGCGGCGGCGGGCUGCCGCGUCUUCGCCGUCGACCUGCUGGGCAACGGCUACAGCGACAAGCCGUACCCCGAGGACCCCGCGGCCCGGCACCCGCGCGCCGGGUCUCCCUACAACUUCUUCACGUGGGCCGACCAGCUCACGGACUUCGCCGAGGCCGUCGUGAAACCGCAAUCGGGCUCCUGCGCCCUCGUCUGCAACUCCAUCGGCUGCAUCUCCGGCCUCGUCGCCGCGCGCGACCGGCCGGACCUCUUCGGCUCGUGUUUAUUGGUCGCGCCGAACUUCCGCGAGCUCCACGUCGCCGAGUCGCCGGCCUUCCUCCAGCCCGCCGUGUCCUGGGUCCAGGCCCAGCUCCGCGCCAAGGGCCAGGGCCUCUUCGACGCGCUCGCCAAACCGGACACGGUCAAGAGCAUCCUCAAGGAGCCCUACGCGGACGAAAAGGCCGUCACGGACGACCUCGUCGACUGCCUCCUGACGCCGCUGCUCACGGAGGGCUCGGCGGACGUCGUCUUCGACACGCUCUCCUCGGCCGCCGGCCCGCUGCCGGAGCAGCUCCUCCAGGACGACGCGCUCGCGGCCGCGAAGAUCUGGGCCUGCGUCGGCGACCGCGACCCCUGGACGCCCAUCAAGCGCGUGGCCGCGCUGGAGAAGUACGCGCCCGUGAAGCGCGUCGACGUCCUCCGGGGCGCGGGCCACUGCCCCCACGACGAGAACCCGGCCCUCGUCAACCCCCUCAUCCUCGAGUUCCUCGGGCUGGAAACGCCGGAGGCUGAGCCCGCGGCGGCGGCCUCAGACGGGAAGAAGACGGGCGUGGGCACGCCCCUCUUCGACAAGAAGGUCCGGGCGUAA